AUGUUGAGUCUAUUGUUUACAUUGGCAAUGCAAUCGAAUGCGGAUAUGUUGCAGCAGCAACAGCUGCUGCUGAUCCGUACUCAAAUCAGUGGACUAAUGGGCUCGACAUCACUUGCAUGUUGGAUAGUUCUCCUUAUGCCUCAAUUGAUUGAGCAAUGGAGAUUGAAAUCUGCCGAUGGAAUAGCUAUCGGAUUCAUUUCAAUUUGGUUUCUUGGUGAUUUGUUCAAUCUUGUAGGAGCCAUAUGGGCUGGUUUGUUAUCCGAGGUUAUAUUUUUAGCUAUUUGGUUUUGUAUAGCUGAUGCAUUGAUGAUAUCAAGUUAUUUCUAUUAUACAAGAAUUUAUACUAAACAUCACCACCGCCGCCACCACCAUCAUCAUCAUCAUCACCAGCACCAGAACCAGCACCAUGAGCACGAUCCUGAGCAUGAGCAUGAACAUGAGCCUGAGCCUGAGUUUGAGAGUGAACAUCCAGGACCCUUGGAAAGAGAGUUUAUUGAUGAACUUUCUCCGCUAGUUCACAAAAGAUCAAGAAGAAGUAGUACCUUAACUGAUAUAGCAAUGGAACCUCAAUAUCAUUCCAUAUUUGUCAAGUAUAUACUCCCUAUACUAUUUGUCAUUGCAGCUGGUGUAAUGGGGUUCUCUUUAUCCAAGUAUCCCGAAGAAGAACAACCAAGCCCAGCACCAUCACUACCACCAGAUGACCCAAUUGCAUAUGGUCCUCAAAUCAUGGGGUAUUGUUCAGCUUUUCUUUAUUUGGGUGCACGAAUUCCACAAAUUAUACAAAAUUAUGAAAGAAAAUCCGUUUAUGGCCUUAGCUUAUUGUUUUUCCUCUUUUCGACAUUGGGGAACUUGACUUAUGCGGGACAAAUUUUGUUCUAUCGCUCUGAUUGGAAGUAUGUUGUGUUGAACAUGAGUUGGUUAUUGGGGAGUUUGGGCACGAUACUUGAGGACAGUUUGAUUUUUUUACAGUUUUAUAUGUAUAGAAACAAUGGGGAAGUAAUUGAGGAGGAUGCUAGUUGA